AUGUCACGCAAUCCUCUUCUGUUGAUUCGCCCUUCUCCCGCCUUGGGAACUGGUUCCUACGGCGCUGUACCAUUGUCCGGCGCUAGAUCUGGAUCCGAGUCGAGUUCCGACGACGAAGGGGCUCUGCAUGGGCGUCCAGACACCAGCAAGAGGAAGGGAAAGAGAGUACAUUCUGCCCAUGAUAUAUCUGACAACCAUGGGCAUUCCUCAAACCCUAGACGCCGUCACCGCGGCACCGAGUGGUUACAUCGGAGAUCUUCCUCAGUUACCAGUGACAUUGGAAUGGGUCUUGAUGCCAAAGCCUCUUUUGCCGUGAACCCUGCCAUCGCUGAGGACAAGGCGGAGUCGUCCAACGCCAGUACACGAACACGGAGCGGGUCAGACAUUGAACAAGAAUACAUUCCCACGGCGGAAGAUCCUCCAGACAAUUCUCCGUACCCCGAAGUUCGAGCGUCAGUUCCAGCAACCGACAACACUUCUCUAUCGAUCAAUACACCUCGAAUGUGGACUUUGUCACUAUUCUUUGCCAUCGCAGGGUCGGCCACGAAUCUUUUCUUUUCAUUGAGGUACCCCAGUGUCGCCAUAACACCUGUCAUUGCGCUUGUCCUUGUUCAUCCCAUGGGUAAGCUUUGGGACCUGUUGCUGAAGAGACAAAACGACCAGGAACAGUUUUUUGUCGAGGGCUCUCUUCAAAAGGACGAUCCCCAGCUUGGUCAGUCAAAACUUGAAAAGUUCCGGUUAUGGCUAGCUCAAGGCCAUUGGAACGAAAAGGAACAUGCCUGCGUGUACAUCAGCAGCAACGUGUCUUUCGGGUUCGCAUUUGCUACCGAUGUCAUUGUCGAGCAGCACAAGUUCUACAAGCAGGACGUUCCAGUUCUGUACCAGCUCCUGCUUACCAUUUCGACCCAAAUUCUGGGCUAUGCUUUUGCCGGUCUCACGAGACGAUUUCUCGUUCGCCCGGCGGCGAUGAUAUGGCCCGGCACUCUAAUGUCAACCGCAAUGUUUACAACCAUGCACAAGGAUGAAAAUAAACCGGCCAACGGAUGGACCAUUUCAAGAUAUAGAUUCUUCAUUUAUGUUUGGGUUGCCGCAUUUGUCUGGUAUUUCCUGCCUGGGCUUUUGGUUCCGGCAUUGAGUUAUUUCAAUGUCAUCACUUGGUUUGCGCCGAAGAACGUGGUGAUUUCCAAUCUUUUUGGAGUGGCUUCAGGAUUAGGACUUUUUCCUGUCACCUUCGAUUGGGCCCAAAUUGCCUAUAUUGGCUCCCCAUUACUCACUCCGUGGUGGGCAGCUGCAAAUGUGGUUGGCGGUCUCGUGCUGGUCAUGUGGAUCAUCGCCCCCAUUCUAUAUUACAAAAACGUCCUGUUUUCAGGGUAUUUGCCCAUCCUCUCUUCAGCAGUCUUCGACAAUGAAGGCAAACCAUACGACGUCAGCAAAAUCCUCACACCAGACUUUCUCUUUGACAAAGAAGCCUACGACAAUUAUUCCAAAGUCUACCUUCCAAUAACCUAUGUACUUUCCUAUGGAGUUCAGUUUGCGGCCCUGUCGGCGCUACUGACUCACACAACAUGCUGGCAUGGCCGUGAUAUAUGGCGACAGUCGAAGCAAGCGUUUAACGAAAGACAAGAAAAACUUGUUGCCGAAUACCAGGCCAUCCCCAGCUCCGACCACGAUACACCUCUCAGCAGGAUUGACAGUCAAACCAUUCACGCCGGAGGCGAAGAUGUUCACAACCGCUUGAUGCACCGGUAUUCAGAUGUACCAAUGAAAUGGUACCUUGCAACCUUCAUCACAAUGUUGGCUGUUGGAAUUUUCGUCGUUGAAUACUAUCCCGUCCAUCUACCGUGGUAUGGUCUUUUGAUGGCUCUCGGCAUCACAACCGUUUUAUUCAUUCCCGUGGGAAUCGUCAUGGCAAUCACCAAUCAGCACAGCAGCCUGUAUCUGAUCUGUCAACUUAUCUGCGGCGUGGUCUUUCCCGGCCGACCCGUGGCAAACAUGGUGUUCGUGACAUAUUGCUACAUCAGUUCCGCUCAAGGAAUCAAAUUCUCCUCGGACCUGAAAUUAGGCCACUACAUGAAAAUACCUCCGAAAUUGCUCUUCAAAGUCCAAAUGGUCGCCACCUUGGUAUCUAGCCUGGUCCAAAUCGGCGUUCUCAAUUGGAUGUUCAUCAACAUCCCUGGAAUCUGCACUUCCCAGGCCAUCAACGGUUUCAACUGUCCCAUUGCCCGCGUCCACUUCAACGGCAGCAUCCUCUGGGGUGUCGUGGGGCCUCAACGCUUCUUUGGACCAGGAGCUUUGUAUCGACCACUAGUCUGGGCGUUCCUGAUCGGCUUCAUCGCUCCUAUCCUCCUCUGGCUCAUGGGCCGCGGCAAGAAGAAAAGUGUCUGGCGCAAAGUCAACCUCCCCGUCCUCUUCGGCAGUCUCAGCUGGAUCCCGCCGGCCACCGGCCUCAACUUUUCCAUCUGGGGGGUCGUCUGCUUCGCAUUCAACCAUGUCAUGAAACGCCAUGCCUCUGCCUGGUGGGGGAAAUACACCAUGACCAUGUCUGCAGCUUUGGAUUCGGGCCUCGCUUUUUCCCUCGUGGUGGUGUUUUUUGGCUUUGUAUAUCCGGGGGUCAUGGACAAUUUCCAUUGGUGGGGCACAGAGAUAUAUAAAGCGGGAUGUGACUGGCAGGCUUGCCCAUGGAUUAAACUUGGACCUGGGGAGAAGUUUGGUCAGUAA